CACUUCUCAGUGGGCUGGCGCUGAAUGGCUGGUGUUCAGCGGUUCAGUGUUUCAUUCGUAAAAUAUAGUGUCGGCACAAUGGCGUCGUUUGCGUGAUUUUGAUUUAGUUUUUUAGGUUAUGUAUGUAGUUGAACUUUUUUUUUAGGAUUUAAUUGUUAAAUUGUUAACCAUGGAGUGCAUUGUCGCAAACGUAGAUAAUAUGCGCUUUGACAUAGAGAUUGCUUUAGACGAGCAAUAUGGAGCGUUACCUCUACCUUUCACUGGGAUGGACAAAUCUGUCGCAGCAGUUUGUCAAUUUUACCCUAAAGGAACAUGUACGAAAGGAGCAGCCUGUCCAUUUAGACAUGUUCGUGGAGACAGAACAAUUGUUUGCAAGCAUUGGUUACGAGGGCUUUGUAAAAAGGGUGACCAGUGUGAGUUCUUACACGAAUACGACAUGACAAAAAUGCCAGAAUGUUACUUCUACUCACGUUUCAAUGCUUGUCACAAUAAGGAAUGUCCAUUUCUGCACAUUGAUCCUGAAACUAAAGUAAGGGAUUGUCCAUGGUAUGACAGAGGUUUCUGCAGACAUGGCCCAUUGUGUCGACAUCGGCACGUAAGACGAGUAUUAUGUAUGGCUUAUUUGGCUGGAUUCUGCCCUGAUGGAUCUAGUUGUAAAUUUAUGCACCCGAGAUUUGAAUUACCAGCUAUCCAGGAUAUGCAGCCCAAGGAAGGCAAGAAGGUCUUAAUCACCUGUCACUUUUGUGGUGAAACUGGGCAUAAAGCAAUUUAUUGUAACAAGAUACCUCCGGAUAUGCGCGAACAGCAUGCACGCCAGGAAAUGGACCGCGAGUACCAUCGCGGAGGGAGCGGUGGUGGUGGCGAUCCUCAUCAUCGAAGUAAUAUGCACAAUGGACCACGUAGCGACGUACCUCGUGGACCGCAAAAGCCUCUUGAGGAAGUCACAUGCUACAAGUGCAGUCGUAAAGGUCAUUACGCGAACAAGUGUCCCAAGGGUCACCUUGCCUUCCUCAGUCAUGCAGGCAAUGGUGGAGGUGGCGAUGCUGGUGGAGGAAAUCUCUAAAACGAAUCAGCAUAGCCUGUACAUGGCACAUGAACUUUUGCUCGGUGAUGAAUUAUUCACUGAUGAUCCUCUUCUCGUUUUUGAGACGCUUGCGGUCUUUCGUUACUUUGAAAUUGACCGUUCCUUAAAUAUCUACCAUUGUUUCUCAUUAAGCCAAGAUGGUUGUUUAGUGAGAGUGGCUCUACAAAAUAGCAGAACAUUAUCACAUACAGGCAUAUGCAUUUUAUGUGAAAUACAGAGGAAAUUUAUUUUCAAUGCAUAAAUGGUUGUUGAGAGAAUGAUUAUAUGAUUAUACAUAGUGAUGUACGAUUAUUCUAGAGGAGGACUGUACACAUUAGUCAAUAAGAAUGUGAAAUAUUCUAUUAGUCUGAGAAAAAUUCUGCAUGAAUGUGCUUGCUUUGGAGAAAUUGUGAUUAUUGAAACUUAGAAGAUCACUCAUUAGUUUAUGUUUCGUAAAGAAAGUAAGAAAUAUAUUAUGCAGAACGUUGUAGUUCUACGUUAUGAUAGUCAUUUGAAAACAUAUUGAUAAAACCUAACUAAAGGACUUUUUCAAAGUAACGAACUUGCUGAAGUCCAUUAAGCACUAGUGUUUCCUUAAAAUGCAAAGGGAGUAACUCGUCUGCAAUCUCUUGUAAAGAGAGAAAGAAUUAAAAAAAUUGAACAAGAAAUCAUUGAUUAGUGAGGAAAGCAAAUUGUACAAAGUCCAUUUUUCUAUAAAUAUGACAAAUUAUGUAUUGAUACUUUCUACAAUGAUCAUAAUGAACUUAAUAAAUGUAAUUAAAUUUUGGGAAAAAUGUGAUUAGAUUACUCAUAACUGAAAAGUAUAAGGAAAAUUAAAGAGUUAUAAAUUAUACAUGCAAAUGAGUCUUCGAAAAAUCUCAUUUAAUUUAGAACACAA